CGCGGCGCGCGCGCACACCAGCCCCGCCCUACGCGCGCGCCAUGGCGGCGGCCCGGCUCAGCCUGUGACAGCAGGAGAGCGAGGCCGCCGUCUUCCCGCCGCCCUCCCGCUCCCUUGGCCGCGGCCCGGGCCCCGGCUCCCCUCGCCUGCGAGCAGCGCGGCGCGGGGGAGGGGCCGCCAGCAAACUGUCAUGCAGGAUCCUCCGCCGGAACGCGACGGGAGCGCCCGCCCCGCCGAGGAGCGGCGGGGGGCGGCGGCGGCGGCGCCGGGCGGCGGCGGGGCCUCCUGGCUCCAGCGGGUCUUUGAGGAAGUGCGGGGAUCCUCCCAGCUGAGCGUGGCCCCCGCGGAGCCGCCCCCCGUCACGGUGGUGGCGGUGGAGCGGUACCUGGCCGAGCCGCCGCCGCCGCCGCCCGCCGCCGCCGCGCAGUACUGGUACGACGUGACGCUGGCGGACGGCGCGUGCCAGGAGCGCUGCUACCUGGCGCCGCGCCUCAGCGGCCUGGUGCAGCGCGCGCACCUGCGCGCCGGCGCGCGCCUGCGCCUCACGCGCUGCUCUUACCUGUACGACGAGAAGCGCCUCAACUACGGCUUCCUCUGCCUGGAGGAGCUGGAGCGGGUGGGGGGCACCGGGCCCCCCGCCACUCUGCUCCGCCCCCGCCCGCCGCCCCUCCGCGGGGAGAAGAAGCGCUACCUGCCGCUGUGGAACAACGAGGAUCCCUACGGAGACAUGUGGGUGGCGGACAAGGCCCAGGCGCAGGUGGACGUCGACGUCUCCAAGCUGACUUCUCUCGGUCAGCUGGAAAUGACCUGGAGAAGCAGAGUUCACUUCCAUCCUCUUCUUGUGAGAGUCCUGUACAAAUCUAGACUAAGGUACUACGGGAAACCAGAGAAAAAAAUGGAUAUGCCUUAUCAGGCUUACUUUGAAGUUGCUGAUAGUUCAGGCAUGAUGUCAAUGGUUUUGUGGAAUUCAUUAUGUCCUGAAUGGUAUAACAGUAUGAAGGUUGGCACAGUACUUCUUCUUGAACAGUAUGCUAUCAAAGCCAGUUAUCCAUUUAAAACACAGCCAACCCCCGGGGAUUCACAGAUGAAGAGAUUUGCUACAAUUGAAAUCAGCCUUAAUGUUCGAGAUCCUCCUACUAAAAUAAAUAUUAUUCCAGAAGAAAUGGUUAAGCCAGAGUGGGGAUUACCUGAAGUUAAAUACCGGUUUAUCACAAGGUCAGAACUGGAUGACUUGCCAAACAAUCAUUCCUGUGAUGUUAUUGGUCUUGUGACAUUUGUAGGAAGGGCUGAACGAGCAAGAAAGAGAGAACAUGGUGAAGACUUCUGGCUCUAUCGUUGGGCACAUGCCGUUGAUGGGACUUCAGAUCAACCAUUCAUACUGGAAUUAUUUGCAACUUCUCAGCCAGAUGUGUUUGAGCAUAUUCAUCCAAUGACGUAUUUGGUGUGUACACAGAUGAGAGUGGUACGGGACUUCACUGAGAAUCCUUCCAGCACAAUUUACCUUACGACUUCAAAUGAAAGUCAGAUAUUCAUUACAGGAUGGCACAAGGGCCAGCCAUACACAAAGGAUGCCAAAGUAAAAAACUUCAUUCAGUGGACUAAAACACAAAACGAAGCUGAUCAAAUGAAGAAAACUGUCAUUGGUGGCUAUUAUCCUUUUCCAAGACCUCCAAAUAACUUUUUGAAGUACUGUAAAAACAAUAAAGUUGAAUCAGUUUUGAAAGCCAUAGGUGAAAUGGGGAAAGAGAUUGAAGACUUGCACUACAGAGAACACAAGCGCAUUGCUGUUCAGGGAAUAAUUAGUGCCAUAAGAUACAUCAGCUGUGGCAAUGCAGCUGAAGAAGCGUCAGGAGUGGAACUUACUCAGAAAGAUACUUCUCAGUCUCCUGAAAGUUCUGUGUCCAGAGAAGACUAUGUUCACAAGGGGAAAAAUGCCAGCCUUCAAAAUAAAGAAGUUAAGUCUUUUCUGAGGCCACAUUGCACACCUGAAGAACAACAUCAGCACCAAACUCGACUGCCAAAAAGGAGUUCAGUGAAGAGGAGGACACCACACAGAUCAAAUACAGAUUCAGAACAGGGAAGUGCAUCUGUUAUUCCUGUAUCACCUUACCCCUAUUUCACACGGUCUGCGAGAAGAAAAUCUGGCUUGGAUGAAUUUCAACAUGAAGAUUUUGUGCAAGAUAAAAAUGGACAGGCUGUUUCAGACAGUUCACAGUACUGCACAGACCAAGAAGGAUUGAGUGAUAUACCUGAAACUGAAGAGACUGGAAGAACUUGCGAUUCGUGGCAGAGUGACCUGUGGGCACAAGUGAAAGACAAGUUAAUGAAAUACUUACAUCACAGCACAAUUUUUCCAGAAAGCAUCCCGCGUAAAUUUGAUUAUGUGCACAAGGACUUACUUAUGCAACAGUACAACCUUCAUGCAGCAGUGCACGAGCCAAAAGAAAUCAGAACAGAUAAAAAUAUCAAUGAGUUUAAAAGUGCUAGUGGCCUUGGGUAUUAUGAAGUGACAGUUCUGGGUAUAAACCAUGAUGUUGCAAUAGAUGUUGCAUUUCUUCCACUGUUUUGUCCUGAAGAUCCCCACUUAUUUCAACUAGAAGACAUUCAAAAUGAUACAUUAUUGUCUUGCAUGAGUUGCAUCUCUGCAUGUCAGGAGAAGGCCACUAGCAAUGGAAGGCGUUGUGACAUGUUUCUACUUCCAAAUGAAAUUGUAAAAGCAGCAACGGAUCUAGAUGGCAAACAUGUUGUCUGCAUCUUGGACAUCUGUCACUUGGGUGAUGAUAAGGUGGAAGUCUUUCUGAGCAAAAUCUACAAGACAGUGGAACCUGAUGUGCUGGAAUCAGUGUAACUUAAUAACUUAUUUUUCAAAUUUAUAUUGCUUGAAAGGAGGGAAAUAAAAUUACUGUAACUUGAAUGGUCCCUCUACACAUUGCACUUUUGUAGAACUAGCAGACACAAUCAUAAAAUUAUGAUUCCUGGAGCAAUUGUAAUGGUCAUCCACGUAGCUGAGGAGGACGAUUGUUGCCUUUAUUUUUCUGCAGUCUUGAAACAGAUAACACAAUGUAUUGGUCACUUAUGUUCAAGAAGGAUGAAUAGGCAAUACAGUGAGCUUAUCUUUUGAUAGGAAACCAAGGGGUAUGAUUAUCACCUCCCUUUCUCUGUAUGUGCACAUACAUACACAGGAAAUGUAUAUAUCAGGGUGAGGAAUUAGAAUGUUUGCAUUGCAUUGCAGGCAAUGUUUGCAAAAGAAUUAACUGGCUGUGAUAUAAAUUUAGGCUGGCAGAAUAAUUUUGAUGAUUAGAGCUGUUACAUUCUAUAGUGAUCUCUUAGUGGAAGGUACUAGGGGCAAACUAACUGCUCUUUAGGCUUGAAGCUUACUGUGUUUGUGAAAGGGAUUAAGUGCCAUAGUGCCUUUAGUACUGGGCAUUGGACUCGGUGAUCCAAGAGCAACUUUGAGUUCUUUUUAGCUUAGCAACGUCAACUGCUGUGGUUUUGUAUGUCUGCUUUUGUAUAUACAGCAUAGAGUAGCGAGUAUAUAACCUAAAAGUUUUUAAAGUAUUUUAUUUAUUAAUAAAAAAAUACUUAAAUAUUUUUAAAGAUAAACUUUGUUAGUGGAACUUGCUUCUGGCUUUGCAAGAGAAAAACUGUCUUUAAGGAGUGCUUAUCAUGGCAGGAUACAGAUUGUCACACCAUUAUGAUUUUUCCUGUUGAUCACCUCUAACCUUCACUAACAGCUGUAUUCCGAGUAUGUGAAGGAGCUCAGCAGCUGCAAGAAGCUGCUACUUCCACAAGAGCAAGAGACCCUGUAAAAUUCUGUCAAAUUUAGCCUGUAAGUAGCAGCUGACUUCUGCUGAGUUCGGAACUAAGUCCCACUUUUUCCUCCUCCAUGUCAAACAACCUCAAAUAAUGUAUACAACUGGAUGCUUAGAAAAUUAUUCUCAAGUAGGAGCUAAAAUACAUUGCUAUUUGACAAUUUGUCCAUGUGAAAUGCUGGUCUCAGUUCAAUUCUUUGAGAAGAAAUGAUUGCAUUAUGGAAGCUUGCCAGUUAAAUUGUACCAUUAUUGACCGAAGCCCACAGUGUUAAUUUAUAGGAACAGAUUUAUUCUUUUUUGGAAAACUUCUAGGCACCUUUUAGCAGCCUGUUGGUAAUUGAGGAGUAUCUCUUUCAACUAGCAGCUCACUAGUCUGCCCUGGGGACAGUGGACUUUGUCUUCAAGUACUUAUUCUGUACCCUGACUUCAGUUAAUGGUAAUUAAAGGAGAAAUGUAACUGUCUUUAUUAUAGUACAACUUCAUAGGCAACUUCAGAUAAAAAGUAAAAGCCUUAACAUUCUAAAGAAAUUGGUAAAAUUAGUCUGUCUACUGUGGUUUACAGUUUAAAAAUGUAUUCAUGAGAAAAGUUUAACUUGAAUUGUACAGGGAUUAGAAGUUAAAUGUGACUACAUAUUGUAUGUUUAUAUUUUGUAUGGAUCACGCAGUAUUAGUUCUAGAGCAAUGUUUGUCAACCCAUGCCUAUCAGAAUACCUUGUAACCUUGCCACAGAAGGCAAAACCAAAACAUACCAGCCCAAGAAGAACAUGGUGUUGCUGGCAAUAUGUUAUUGUGUAAUUUUGUUGCUUAUGGGUUUGUGAAGAUAGAGGCCAUUGCUCUAGAGUGAGAGAGAUAAGCACUUCGCAUACCAAACUGAGCCAUGCUGACUGUGUCAGCCAGUAUUUUUUAUUUAGAUAUACUUCAGGUUGAAGUCUGAUUUUAAUGAAACCAUUAUUUCUAGAAGCAACUUUUAAAGUAAAUAUCUUUGUACGAAAGGACUCAUGUGGCUGGCACUGUCACAGAGCCACUCUAUUCAGUUGCACUAGCCACUCCAUCCAUCCCAUGCAACAGAAAUGCAGCAAAUGCUGUUCGUCACAUUUGCACUGCUUAUUACACUUUAAACACAUAGCGUUAAUCGUUUCAUCCUCCAUGUUAGGACUUCCUAACUCUAAAAGAAAUAUCAGAAUGGUGCGGAAUAUGUAUAAAAUGUGCUUGAGACUUUAAAGCAUGUAAUUUCAUUUUACAGAAGUGGUGGUUGAGAUUUUUCAUGGUAAAAGCUUGAAGGAGAGAUACUUACUCUUGCAGAGUGAAGUGCCAGUGUUAGAAGCACAGGCUUUUUGUGUGUAGCUAGAGAAUAUUCAAUGCCUGUAGUAGAUUUGGAAUUUCAGUACCCUUGGUCAUUCUGUAGAGGCACUUAUCCCAUCCCUGUAAGUUACACUGAACUUAAUAUGCCAACUUCAGUUUAUGAAAUGUUGCAGUAUUAAUACAUAGUUCCACCACUCUGCCUCCCUCGUCCCUGCCAAACCAGCACUGUAUAGCACUGGGGUGAAGGUCCUCUCUGCAAAGAAACGACUUACUGUUUUAUUUCGCUUGGUGUUUAUUGAUGCAAGUAUAAAACCAAAGUAUUUUUGAUUCUGAGUCUGUCAAAACAUGUCAAUUUUGCCAUGUUAAACCAAGAUACAGAAUCUUUUCUCCUGCAAAAGUCACAGGAAUGAUCUUUUUUGCUGCUGUAUGUUGCCGCUGCUGUGGGUAGAAUACUAUCAGAGCACAUUUCCUAACUGUAGAAUUCAUACCCAACCCAAGAAUUGUACUCUAAAAUCUUACAUUUGCAUAUUUCUUAUGUUUCCAGCAUUAAUUUCAAAUAAAAUCGUGGUAAACUAUAUGUAACUAAUGGUACUUUUGAGUGUAUUAAACUUGCUAGUUCAUAGAUGUAAGAUCAGUUUUGAAUUAAUGUGAUGUAGAAUUAGUGCAACACAGAACUGAAGAAUAUAAAUAAAUGAAUUAAUAUAUGCAAA